ACCUGAGAGGAAUACUUUUGUGAGGGGAGAAGGAGGUCGGGGCAGCAGCGGCCAUGAGCGGGUCCCUUUACAGGCUACCCGCAGCUCUGCGGCUGUUGGGAGGCUCGCGGCCUUGGAGGCUUUUCGUGCGGCCGCUGAGCCAAGCUGGAGCGGGCGCCGGGGGCGAGGGAGGCGCUUCGGGCGACGGGUCGAAGGAGGCGGUGGAGCGGCUGGUGCGCGCCCAUCCUGUGGUGGUUUUCAUGAAGGGCAGCCCGGCCCAGCCCCAGUGCGGCUUCAGCAACGCCGUGGUGCAGAUCCUGCGCUUGCACGGCGUCAACGACUACCGCGCCUACGACGUCCUCCAGGACUCCGACCUCCGGCAAGGAAUUAAAAACUAUUCUAACUGGCCUACUAUUCCUCAAGUCUACCUCAAUGGUGAAUUUGUGGGAGGCUGCGACAUACUUCUCCAGAUGCAUCAAAGUGGAGACCUAGUAGAAGAGCUUAAGAAAUUAGGAAUUCGCUCUGCACUUCUGGAUUCAGAGAAAGACCAUGGAAAAAAAUAAGCAAGCUGCUGUGACUUUGACAAAAGACCAUUUUUGAUAAUUUGGUACCAGAAAAGCCUUAUGUAAUUUAGCUCAAAAAGGAAACUUUUUGAACUAACGCAAUGAGGUUUAUCACUAAGCAUUCUGUUGUCCACCGUACAAUAUGAUAGACUGAUGUGUGAAUAUUCUGUCAUGAAUUUUUUUAUAAUCACAGCAACUGUUUUGCAAUCAAAGUAAAUAUGCAUUUUACUUCUAUUUUGCACUACUUUGUAUGCAUUUUGCUUGAGUCAACUAAUCCCCCCCCCAACUUAUUUUUCCUGGGUGCUUCCACACUAGGCAUUUACUCCAGAAUACUCACUGUUUGUUCACUUUACAGGGUAUCUACAUGGCAUAGUCAUCCUGCCAUGAUCCAGCUCUGUUUUCCCUGCGCUUACCCAAUAUUUUCCCGGACAUCAGAAAGGCUGACUUCUUUGAACAGAUGUAGAUGCUACUCUUCCAUCUUUUCCAAGAGGCAGGGUUUUGAAGAGGUAGUAACGUUUUGGGAAACUGAGCCCUGUCACCACACAUCUUCAUUUAGCACAAUAGAUUUUUUUUGUGUUUUUAAAUUUAAUUACUAUUAAUGCACCUAUAUUAAAAAUAAUUAUUUGCAUUAUUUCAGUUAAGGAGAAGAUUCCUAGCAGAAGCUGAAAACCUGCAAUUUUUGAUAAAUAUUAUGAUUGGCUUGAAGCCUCACUACCACCACACACACUUCCUACAUUUGGCUGGUGGGUUCAUGUAUUUGUGUUCCUUGCCUGGUCCCCUUCUGCCAGCUGUCUCAGGGCUGUGGCUCCCUGCUCCAUUCUCCCAGCAAGCACCAUUUUAGCAUUCCAUUUUUAACAAAAUGUUUAAAUUGGCACUAAUGCAUUACAGUGAAAUUAAAAUAAUGCAAAUUAAAAACAAUAUGAACAACACUGAAGAAGGGAAAUGAUAAGCAGAUAAGGAUGUAAGUAGGAAAAGUCGGCUUCCUGAAACAACUUGAGGAAUUAGUAAUUUAAACCAGAAGUGGGCAACAUGUAGCCUUCCAGCUAUUUUUGGCCUACAGCUUUCAUCUGGUGAGGGAUGAUGGGAGUUGUGGCCCUCAAAUUGUCCUCCCCUGAAUUAAACUUGUGACUGCUUAGGAAGCUUUAGACAAAGUGCGGAAAGGAGUGCAUCCAGGAGGUUGAUGGGGAGAACCACAGUUUGUCAAUUUCAGCAGCCCAUUUAUUCCUUUGCUUGGAGGUGACGGGGGUGGGCUAGAUUAAGCAAGCUCAAGGGAAUUUGAUAUCUACUGCACUUUCACCUAUAGAGACUUGCAAAGACUCCCCCAUCUCACUACCACCACACACCCCUCUAGCCUGCUGAAUCCCAAAAUGCUAAAACACUGAACUCAAUGUGAAGAAAGAUUGUAGCUGCCAGUGCUUGCUUCCCCCCCCCUCAUUGUAUAUAUGUGGUUGGAAACAGCAGAAAAAGAGAAGCUGUUUUUUAAAAAAAAAUCUUUGGAGGACAUCUAAAUCAAUCCCUUUAUAUUUUUUAAACCCUUCACAGAGUAAUUGGGCAGUUCUUCAGUAAAUAAGUACUAUAAUGCCAGUUAAAUAACAGCUUAAUGAUUGCUGGCAGGAAGAAUUAUUUAAAAAUGGCUGCCCAGGUUUGCUGCUCAGGUGAAUUGUAACCUCUCCCUUCUCCACCCACAGCUAUAUCGUGUCUAUCAGUGUGAAUGGGAUGUAGCAUGUCCAGAGCAGUGUCAGCAACAUGUACUUAAAGGAAAAGCACAAUGCCCUCUGCAGUAUGGAAAGUCAAUUACAAUUCUGUUUGUAGUUAGUAGUUGAAGAGCAAUGAUUGGAUAACGCUAGUAGCCACCCAUCUGGAAGCACCCUGGAUUAUAUUUGUAUCUUGCAAUUGUGUUCUAUAUAUAACCUAGACAAUUAGACCUUGCUUGGCUUACACAACAGCCAACUGUGGAUUAAUUAACCCUCGGUGCCACAGCAUAUGCAGUCCAUGAUUAUUAAUAUGCAAGCCUAGUUCAGAGGUUUCUCUGGCUUGUGUCAUCUGAGCCUGGAUGGUGGGGGUUAUUUGAGGGUUAAAUUAUCUUUGUAGAAGCCAUGGUUGUUUUAGAGUUAUGCUAGAGUUAUUUAACCUUCCAAUAGCCUCCACCACCCAGGUUUGGAUGACACAACAAGCCAUGGCACCCCCUGGCCAGGGGUUGCAUAUUCAUAAUCGGGGACAGCACAUACUACAGCCCCUUGCAGUAAAUUAUCCCAUGUUGUGUUGUCUGAACUCGCUCUCAGUGAAAGAGGGAGGAAGUAAAUAAUGCCAAUCAGCCUAUAUUUAUGGACACACAUUAACACUGCAGAAAAUACGUUAAAAUGCUGAGUUCUUAGCUUGAAAAGAAAUAAUACUCUAAUCAUUAUUUUGUUUCCCAAGUCUGUUUGUGGGUUUGGGGGAAUAGUGAAAAGUUUGCAUUAAAAAUUAGAAAGUAACUUCUACCUCUGCCCAAAAGACUGCCUCAGUUACUACACAUUGUUAAGCUUCACCAUGUCAAUGAUCAGUGCUUUUAAUAUGUAUAAAGUUUUAAAGUCUAUUCUUUGGUGGCUUCAAACACGGUAUGUGCGGAUGAGUUUUGAAACCUCUCCAUUGUACCUUUUAUAUAAGUGCACAACCCACUUGGAAGUGGUUAUUGGGUAUUUAACAUUCUGAAGUAUUUUGUCAAAAAGUUAUGCAUGGAUGUGUGUUUUCAAGACCACAGGCAAUUCCUGCUUCACUGAAGAAUAUUUUCUUCAGACUAAAAUGAUCAGAUAAAAUUGUUUAAUGUUACAGAGUAAAAAAAAAAAGUAAAGGAGGCAAAAUAUUUGUUGGGAUAUCUUUUGAAAACCUCCAUAUAUCAGGCUUCUUAACAUUUCUAUUUCUAAACAGAAAAAAAUAUUUUGUUUUUUGAAAGCAUGUGCAAUGUAUUGUGCAUCUCUAGUAAUAGCCCAGUAUAGUUAGGUUCCUCACACUUUUUAAAUGUGAGAACAAUGUGCACCGUUGGGUAUAAGCAAACUAUUUGAGAAACUGUUACUUUGUGAUCUAUGAUUAUAUCAUUUUUUCUUUGAGAUAAAGGGCAUAUAAAAUGAA